UCCGACUCCUCCUGGCGCGGAAGAAGCUGUUGUUGUUGGCCGAGGCGCUGAGCGCGUUCGGGCCGCGCCGCCGCCAUUUUGUGAGAGUGUCUCGGGCGGGCGGGCGCCAUGUUUGUAAGGAAGAAAUAACCGGGCAUCUCCGGCCACCAGCACUCCCUACCCCCCGUGUGUCCUCCUCCUCCUGUGCCCCGGGCCUGCUCCUCCGGGCCGCGCCGCCGCGCCGCCGGCCCCGCCUGCCCGCGCGGACUGCCAGAGCGGGCAGCGGGGCGGCCGGGCUCACCCUGUGCAGCCUCCUGCACAGAGUGACUGUUAGUGUCUCACUAAGUAACCGUGAGUGAAACCUUCAUCAUCUCUCCUCGCUGAGGGACCGGCCCUCCUCCUCCUCCUGCGCCUCCUCAGCGAGCCUCCUGCGCCGCCGAGUGCGCGCCGCCUCCUCCUCCUCCUCCUCACCACCACCACCACGGGCAGCAGCAGUGUCCUGCCUUCCUCCUCCACCUCCCUCCUCCUCUGCUCACCCCAGGGCCCGCACCAUGGCCUUUGAAAGCCUGUUCGCCAACCCCCCAAACCCAGCCCUUGGCCCAAACAUGCCCGACUCUGACAGGCACCAUGCGGGGGACGAAAGAACAGUGGAGAAUACAAAAAUAUUGUGGAGAUCCUAAAAUUGUUAGAUCUCCAAUUUUUUACACUGUUUUCUUCUGAAAAAGCCGACGGGUGCGGAGGAGCACACGGUUCGGACAGAGACAUCCCUUAGGGGAGGAUCUAUUAAUGAGGAUUCUCUAUAUCCUAGUAAGGAGGAGAGGAUGGAAGAUGAUAAAGUACAGGGAAGAUGGUGAGCUAGAAGAUGGUGAAAUAGAUGAUGCAGGAUUUGAAGAAGUUCAGGAAGAACAGGAUGCAAAAGGGGAAGAUAAACAGAAAAAUGAAAAAGCACAUAGAAAAUCACGAAAGAAACGCAAAAAAGAAAAGGAAAAGAAAAAAUCAAAAAGGAGAAGACGGGAUAAACAUAAGCAUAAUUCCCCCUCCAGUGAUGAUAGUUCAGACUACAGCCUGGAUUCUGAUAUUGAACGUACAGAAAGACCACAUAAGAAGGGAGUUGGUUUGUACAGAGAUUAUGAUAGCUCAUUCCUUCAGCAUGGACAUUUAUCAGGAAACUACAUGACUUCCCAGAAGGCACAACAUAAUAAAAAAUUAAAAAAUAAGGAAUAUGAUGAAUACACUAAUUACAGUGAUGAUAACUUUGGUAACUAUAAUGAAGAAGAAAAGGAGGAGGAUUUUGCUGAUCAGUUAAAACAAUACAGAAAAGCUAAAGAAACUUCAAAUACUGAUUUAGGAGCUCCAUUUCCUAAAGAACCAGUGAAAAAACAGGGGAUGAAAGGAAUCCAGAAAGGUAUUGCACAAAGGGGUUUUGGUGUUGGUCGAGGGCGUGGAAUUCAGAAGAAGUUGAAGCGUAAAGAUCGUGGAAGGGGGAGAGGGGCCAAUAAAGGACCUGAUGGCUUUCAAGAGGAAGGCAAACCAGUGAAGAAAUGGGUGAAUAUGAGUCAGGAAUUCAUAAAUCAACAUACGGUGGAACAUAAAGGAAAACAAAUUUGUAAAUAUUUUCUCGAGGGAAGAUGUAUUAAGGGAGACCAAUGGAAAUUUGAUCAUGAUGCAGAGAUAGAGAAGAAAAAGGAAAUCUGCAAGUUUUACAUACAGGGUUAUUGUACCAAAGGAGAGAACUGCAUUUAUUUGCAUAAUGAAUUUCCUUGCAAGUUCUACCAUACAGGAGCAAAAUGUUACCAAGGGGAUAAGUGCAAGUUUUCUCAUGCUCCAUUAACUAAAGAAACAAAAGAACUGCUAGAUAAGGUUUUGAAUACUGAAGAGGAGCCACAAAAUGAAGAUGAAAAAGAACUGGAGGAACUCAGAAAGCGUGGCAUAGUUCCUCUUCCUAAGCCACCUCCAGGAGUUGGACUUCUGCCAACUCCACCUGAGCAAUUUUCAUUUUCUGAGUCUGAUACAGAAAAUUUUCAAGAUCCUUCUGGUGAAUUCAAGAAAAUUCCAUCUCUGUUUGAGAUAGUUGUGAAACCUACUGUGGAUUUAGCACACAAGAUUGGAAAAAAGCCACCAACCUUCUAUAACAGCACAUCACCACCAAGACCACAGUUUCAGGGAAAUGACCCACAUCCUCAGCAUAUGUAUAAUCCAGGGUCAAGUCCAGGGCCUGGUCCCAGCAUACCACAAGGACAUAAUGGACCAGUAAUGCACCCAGGUUCUCCUGGGCAUCACCAAUGUACAGGAUCCCAAGGUCCAGCAAUGCCACACAGCCCUCCUUUGCAACCUGUUCCACCAGGCUUUUUAGGACCACAGGGUCAAACUGGCAUACCAAUUCAAGCGCAAGCUGGUCCACCUUUAACACCACCAGGCAUUGGUGCACCAUACAACACUCCAGGAGUUCAAGGACAUAUGAUGAAUAUACCCAGAGAGAAUCAUUGCCCACCAGGCCCACUGUAUCAGCAAAUUCCUGGUGAACGACAGCAGAAUAUCAAUUAUGAAUCUAUUCAGAACCCAGCUGAUUUCUAUGACAAUUACUAUUCACAUCAAGCUGUACAUAGCUUUCAGCCAACUAAUAACACAGGAGAUGGAACAUGGCAUGGAGAAUUUACUGAUCACCAGGCUCACCUCAUUGUUCAAGAUUCACAUAAGAGUGGAAAUGAGUCAGAUCGUGUCAGUAAAACAGGCCAUAAACCUGCUAUUAAUGUACCGGAUUUUCUUCCAGCAAUGCAGAAAGCCCUUUUUGUAAGACUUAGUCAAAAACAGCAAGAAGAUGGAGAACCAAUCAGCAGUCAGUCUCAGAGGGCAAUGAGCAAGGAAGAAGAUGAUAAUGUAAACUGGUACUCCAGUAGUGAAGAGGAAGAGGGAAGCAGUGUUAAAUCAAUAUUAAAAACCUUAAAGAAACAAACUGAAAAUAUUAGGAAUCGGCAACAACAUUCCACAGAACAACAUAUGGUGGUUGUUCCUACUGAUCCAAGACUUGCUAAAGAGAAAUGUACAGGAAACCAGGCUGUUGAUCCGAGACUGAGAUCCACUCCUAGAUCAAAUACUAGGAAACCUACAGAGUCGUCAUCUUUUGACCCAAGGCUUGCACGGGAUCCCAGAAUGUUAAAGGUUAAUGAAAGUGGUCUUGCAAGUUCUUCUGUUGGUGGAACAAAGUUAGAUUUACAUCAUGCACCCACUGGAGUGAAGGUCAAGCAAAAAGGAAUGGAUGAUGAUGAAGAGGAUGCAGAACGAGAAUUGAGAGAGAGAGCUUUUCUAAUACCUUUGGAACCUUUACCUGGUGUAACAUUAAGGGAUCCGAGAUCUCAGCUUCGACAGUUUAGCCACAUUAAAAUGGAUAUUAUCCUGACCAAACCAAACUUUGCUAAACAUAUUGUAUGGGCUCCUGAAGAUCUACUUCCAAUACCCUUGCCUAAACCUGACCCGGUGUCUUCAAUUAAUUUACCUCUUCCUCCACUUAUAGCUGACCAGAGGCUUAAUAAAUUACGUAAUUUAAAAAGUGAUCCCCAUCCAAAUGCAAUGCCAGCUGACCCAAGACUGGCAGCAAAAGCAAAAAAUAAUAUAACAAGCAGAAGUGGCUCUUUGGAUCAAUCUGCAGAUUUGCACGCCAGUAGUUCAAGCAAAUUAGGAGAUCCUCGCUUACAAAAAAAUGUUGAUCCCAGACUCCACAGACUGUCUAGUACAGAUACUCACCAUGGAAUCACAAAGGAUUCUCAUCCUCCAAAAUUUGACCCUCGUCUAACCAGAUCUGGUAUUGGUUCAUCCCAGCCCUCAGAAGCUGUAAUAUGUAAAUCUGACCCGGACAUUCUGCCUCCUUAUGCACCCAAACUAUCAUCAACGGGUGUUAGAUUGGGAACUCCAAGCUCAAUACUUAGUGGUAUUAGUUUGUAUGAUCCAAGAGACCACAGUUCAUCUUCAUUAGACCCAGCGCCAGUUAAUUCAGGAGAGAAUGGAGAGAACCAGAAAAAAAGUAUUUUGAAAAAUACUAGCAAAAAUGAAUCUACUCUGUCAGAAGACAUGUUGCCACAGAAGUCUGUCCCAAAUAUGGAUAAAAAUACAGAAGGAUCAGCAGAGGCCAAUUUAGAAAAAGCAAAUAGCAUCAAUAAAUCUCAGGCUAAGCACUCCAGUACUGCACCAGCAGUGCAUAAUCUUCCUAUCCAAGCUUUAUCAGGAUUGAUCAGACCACAGUACAGUGAUCCAAGGCAAGUUAGACAGCCUGGACAGGUAAAUCAAAUGCAAGAUAACGAUCCGAGUGGGGAAUCUGAUGAUAAGUCACUAAAAGAUGUUUUCAAGACUUUUGAUCCAACUGCUUCGCCAUUUUGUUAGCAAUUGAUUUAUUAAGUCUUUUUACGGUUGUGAAUAUUGCAGUUUUCUGCUGUUUUGUAACUGGUUUACCUAUUUGCUUUAUUUAUUUUUAAAUUAUAAUUAUCAACACUUUUCAGCUGCUAAUCUCAGAACCACAUGCAGUUUCACAGUAUGCUAUAGUGUUUGCACAGUAUUUUCUAUAUAAUACUUUUCCAAUUUCAGGGAGACUAAUAAUUGACAUGUAGAAAAGACCCUCUAUCAUGUUAGAUCUGAUAAAAGCACUUUCAUUGUAAAUAAGUCAUUAUGAAUUCAACUCGGAAGACCUGUAUAUGUGUAAGCUGUCUCUUUCAUAAUCAACAUUUAGAUAUAAUGAUUGCCACUUUUGUAUGAUUGUAUAGAUUCAAGCAAUAUGAUGUACAUUACUGUGAGAGAGACUAAGACAAGAAUUGUCUUACUUAUCAAGCCAAACCUACUUACUGAAAUAUACAUAAAUGAAGUAAAAGGAAAAUGUUGAUCCUCCUUUUCAGAGUAGUUGAUGUAAGGCAUUGUUUUUAUUCAUGCAGUCAAUAUUCUUAGUGUAAAAGAUACCUAUCACAUAUUGAGGAGUUAAAAUGUCAUAUCUUUUUAAAGUAUUUUAUUCUAUACUGUAUAUAGAAGAAAUUGUGAAGUACAUAACUAGAAGAACAUUACUGUUAAAGUGGAGAAUACCUAAGUUGUCUAAUACAAAAAAGUUUAUUUAAUUUUUCAUGCAUACACAAUUCUGAAUUAGUGCGAUAGCUUACAUUUUGGUGUUCAUGUAUUUCAAUGUAUUUUUGUAUUCAGACGCUUAAUUUGUAUUGCUUUUUUUGUAUUGAUGUAACUGCAGUACUUGUAUUCAUUGUGUCUUACGACAUUUUUAACAAAAAAUUAAAAGAUACAAUCAAA